CAUAUAUACUCUCUGUUCCGUAAUUAUCCGGUCGUAAUAACUCGAUCGUCACCCCCGGCCCCAGCCCCAGUCCCAGUAUUGCUAUUCCCUCUGGAAUAAACCAGAGGUAUUCGUUUUCUCUCCCAUUCUCUCAUAUUCUCUCUCUAGACCCCAUCUCCUCUUCUCGGCAACCACAUCACGGGAAUCUGCAGUACCUAGUACCCACAAAACCAUAUAAUAUUUUUUAGGAGCAGGUAAUCAUCAAUCUGAAAGGAAUUGGGAAGGAGAAGAAGAGGAAGAGCAUGAAACCUCCCAGUGUGAGAAAAGAUGGUGGUGGCGGUGGUGGUGGUGGCGGCGGUGGUGGUGGUGGUGGGGGAUCGGCUCCCAUCAUGGCCGUGUCCUGCUUUGAUUUGAAGCCCUUCAUCGCCACCCUCGCCGUGCUAACCUUGGUGAUGGCCCUCUGGCAACUUCAGCCCUACGAGUCCUUCCUCUCCUCUCGCUACUCCUCCCCGUCUUGUCCCCUCCCAAGCUCCAAUCUUUCUACCGCCAACUCCACCACCCAUCUCCCAAGCCAGAGGCUUUCUUCUUCUUCCUCCUCCUCCUCCUCCUCCUCCUUUUCCCCUUCUAAUUCCACCACCACCACAACCCCAGCCAAAACCCCAACGCCAGCCCAACUCCCGCAGCACAAGCUCUCUCUUUCCCUCCCCUUACUCUCCGUUUCCCCCACGCCCAAUUCCACUACAACAACAGCAGCAGCAGCAGCAGCAGCAGCAGCAGCAACAACAACAACAGCAGCAGCAACAACAACAACUAGUGCAGCGAGACCAGCCAUCGCAUCGGACCCCAACAAGCGCCUUUUCCGGCCCUACGGGAGCGCCGCGGCGCUGUUCGUGCAGAUGGGCGCCUACCGCGGCGGCCCGCCGACCUUCGCCGUCGUGGGCCUCGCCUCCAAGCCCGCCCACGUCUUCGGCAGCCCCUACUUCAAGUGCGAGUGGGUCCCCAACCCCGACCCCGACCCCAACCUGGCCGACCGCUCCCCUCCUCCCCCUCCCGUCCGCACCAAGGCCUACAAGAUCCUCCCCGACUGGGGCUACGGCCGCGUCUACACCGUCGUCGUCGUCAACUGCACCUUCCCCUCCAACCCCAACGCCCGCAACAGCGGGGGCAAACUCCUCCUCCACGCCUACUACUCCACCUCCUCCCGGAGGUACGAAAAGUUCGUAGCUUUGGAAGAAGCCCCCGGGGCUUACGACGAGGCCCGCUUCAGCCCUCCCUUCAAGUACGAGUAUCUGUACUGCGGCUCCUCUCUCUACGGCAGCUUGAGCGCCAGCAGGGUGAGGGAGUGGAUGGCCUACCACGCCCACUUCUUCGGGCCCAACUCCCACUUCGUCUUCCACGACGCCGGCGGGGUCGACCCGGCCGUGCGGGCGGUGCUGGAGCCCUGGGUGAAGGCCGGGUGGGCGACGGUUGAGGACAUACGGGCGCAGGCGGAGUACGACGGCUAUUACUACAAUCAGUUCCUGGUGGUGAACGACUGCUUGCAUCGGUAUCGGCACGCCGCAAAUUGGACCUUCUUCUUUGAUGUGGACGAGUAUCUGUAUCUGCCGAACGGUCAGACGCUUCAGUCGGUCUUGGGAAAGCUAUCGCGUUAUACGCAGUUCACCAUCGAGCAGAAUCCCAUGUCGAGCAAGCUCUGCACGAUGGACCCCAAGAAGGACUACUCCAGGGAAUGGGGGUUUGAGAAGCUGGUCUUCCGUAAUUCUAUCACCGGAGUACGCCGAGAUCGUAAGUACGCAAUCCAGGCCCGGAAUGCAUAUGCCACGGGCGUCCACAUGUCGCAGAAUGUAUAUGGGAGGACCACCCACAGGACCGAAAGCUUAAUCAGAUACUAUCACUAUCACAACUCCAUCAACAUCUUAGGCGAGCCCUGCCGAGAAUUUGUGCCGAUUCCACCCGGCGGUAAUAAGACUUGGUUCGAGGGGAUGCCAUAUGUCUAUGAUGAUAGUAUGAAGCGCGUCGCAGAUAAGAUCAAGCUAUUCGAGAAGAAAAUUAUCGGAUCAGCUGCGACAUAGUAACUGCUCCAUAGCGUUAUGGACAGAUUCAACAUUCUUUUGGGGGUGGUUUGAAGUAUUGAAACUUACCUUCCCUGGUGAUUAUUAUUACAAGGGAGCUAGCAGGAAGAUGGACGACCCCAUUUGUGUAAAGGUAAAGGUAAAGGUGAAGGCAAAGGUAAAGGUGUGGGUGUUCUCAUGUACACUCUACGGAUCUCUCUAGACACAUGUGAUUUCUCUCACUCUCCAGGUUUAUUUGGAUAUGUUUUUCCUGCAUUUUUUUGGUUCUUUCCUUCAGACCUUCCUUUGUUCUUCUCCCAUCUCUAUAAAUUUAUUACGAAUGAAUACUUUGUUGGCUCGAGCAGAUUCUUCUUUUA